AUACGUAGGACUACUUUAUAAAAGAUUUUCAUACAAACACUUGAUAACUUUUUUGCUUCUUCCUUUGAUGAGAAGCAAACUCCAACUCUCUUUUUCAGUAUUUAGAGAGAGAGAGAAAGCGUGUUGCGAGGAUAAGCCAAAGCUAUAGAAAAAAAACAAAAUGGAUCAAAUUUUACAAAACACUCUCUUCUUUAUCAUCAUCAUCAUAAUUGUCUCCAUUUUUUCCCCCAAUUCAUACGGCAGAGAACUCCGUCCAUCGGAGCACGGAUUACCAUAUCAACACUCAUCAUAUCCAACCGCAAAAUCUACAGAUCCAGAAUUACAUUCAUUCUUCGCCGGCACCGGAGAGAAAACACCCUCUUCGCUACCGGAGGCUAGGAAUUUGACCUUGUGGGAUAAUUCCGGCGAUCAAAUGUCACGUGACAGCAACCGUAAAGAUCACGUGAGACAAGUGCUAUUGGUUUCCAGCUUUGUUUGUGGAGCAGCCGGCGUCGUUUUGCUCGCCGUUUCGGCGGUUGUUUUUGCCGUUAGGCUACGAAAGAGAAAGCACAGAGAGACUUCGUUGUCAACGUUAGGGUCAACGUCAGUGGUUAACGUCGUUAAUAAAUGAAGAAGUAAAAGUACAGUGAUUAUAAUAAUGUUUGAGAAACACGAUAAGGAUAAGAGUUUAAUUCUACUUAAUCAAGCUUUCAUUUUGAUUUUUGUGUACAUAAUAAUUCAUCAUUUAAUUAUUGAGAUGAGUGACAUAUACUUUUUCCUCUUA